CCCAAUUUGAAGCGAUUGGGUGGUGAUCUGGAUCGACUUCAAACAAACCCUAGAUCAAAUUCCCCGCCAAGCCCAUGAAAUUAGGCCCUUCAUCUCAUUUUCUUGUAUUAAUCCGUUCUUGAUAUCCCUUUCAUUUUCAGAUAGUGUGAUUUGUAGACUUUUCGGUUUAUUUCCCAAUUUCACGCGGAUAGUGUGUUGUGAUUGGAUUCUAGGUGUUUACAUUGCAUUAGGUUUCCUCGACCAUAAAUUCCUUGAUCCAAUCAAAUGUUAAGAAUCCAAAAGGACUGGAGCUCUUAAUCUAAAUUCAUUCCACUGAGUCGGAACUUCAGUUGGGUUUUUUUCUAGCCUCAGCUAUUAAUCAUUUAUAUUUCGUCAAUUUAUUGUAUAGGUUUACAGGGAAAACUGAUCGUUGUCUGUGAUUCUCAUAUAUUCCAUGAAGUGGCUCUUUAUGUGAAUAUAGUGGAUUUAGCAGCUGCAAAGUGAUAAUGAUUCAGAGUUUGGUGGGGGUCACUGGCUUUUAUGAUUUGAGCCUAAAUUGGUGGUGAGAUUAGGGAGAGGGAUAUAUAUAUAGCAAAAAAAAAAAAAAAGUCAUUUUUUUUUCGGUGCUUGGCUUUCUGUACUUCAAUAUCGCAGUUGAUAGUGUUGAUGAGAAGAGGGAGAUGAGCUGUGGAGCUUGGGGAUAAUGAGUACAGGAGGAGGAUCGUUUGGCCUUCGAUCUUCAGGGAGUUAUGGUUCAUUGCAACAGCAGCAGCAAAUCCGAAAUGGCUUGCUAUCAUUGCCUUUUCAAACCACACCGCCUAGAAAGCCGCCAAAGAUGCUCAAGGAGAAGGAGAAGUUGUUUCAUUUGUUCUGCAAGUUCGCCCCUCGAAAGAAGGUUGGGAUGCUGCUUUUGUGCCUUGUUUCCUCUGCAGUUUUCGGAUGGGUGUUAUAUGUUGGCAAAGAGCAUAGGCAUUCAACAGGGCCUGUAUCUCAGGAGAAGAACACGAGUGAAGAUAUUUCUACUCAAGAUAAAGAUUUGGUGGGUGGUGUAAAUGCAACCCUAUCACCUCUCACUCCACCUCCUUCCCCUACAUAUUUUACUGGAUAUAAGCUUCCUCCCGGAAAUCCAUGCGAGCAUUUCACGUUGCCUCCUCCACCUGCAGAUAAAAAAAGAACUGGUCCACGUCCAUGUCCAGUUUGCUACCUGCCUCUGGAAGAUGCUGUUGCUCGUAUGCCAAAUGCACCAUCUUUUUCCCCUGUGCUGAAAAACCUGACAUAUAUUCAUGAAGAAACUUUGACUAAAUCUGAAUUUGGUGGUUCAGAAUUCGGUGGAUAUCCUUCUCUUGGAUUGAGGAAUGAUUCUUAUGAUAUAAAAGAGUCAAUGAGCGUACAUUGUGGGUUUGUCAAAGGAGUGAAACCGGGACAUAAGACAGGUUUUGACAUUGACGACUCUGACCUUAUUGAGAUGGAUGCUUGUGGAGGCGUGGUAGUUGCAUCGGCAAUAUUUGGGGCCUUUGAUUUAAUAAGGCAGCCAAAGAAUAUUAGCGAAUAUGCCAAAAGAAAUGUCUGCUUUCACAUGUUUGUGGAUAGUGUAACGGAAGCUUUUUUGAAGAAUUCUAGCGAGCUUGGCAGUGACAAGAAAGUUGGUCUGUGGAGAAUCAUUGUUGUUCGAAAUCUACCAUAUUUGGAUCCAAGACGCAAUGGAAAGAUUCCAAAACUAUUAAUGCACCGACUUUUUCCCAAUGCCCGUUACUCACUCUGGGUUGAUGCAAAACUUGAGCUUGUUGUUGAUCCAUUUCAGAUUCUAGAAAGAUUUCUUUGGAGGAAGAAUGCUAGUUUUGCAAUAUCAAGACAUUAUAAGCGUUUUGACGUAUUUGAAGAAGCAGAAGCUAAUAAGGCUGCUGGGAAGUAUGACAAUGCUUCCAUUAAUUUCCAAGUCGAAUUCUAUAAAAAGGAAGGUUUGACGCCAUAUUCUGUGGCUAAAUUGCCGAUAACCAGUGAUGUUCCUGAAGGAUGUGUUAUAGUUAGGGAGCACAUUCCAAUCUCCAAUCUCUUCACAUGCCUUUGGUUUAACGAAGUGGACCGUUUUACUUCCAGAGAUCAGAUAAGUUUUUCGACCGUGAGGGACAAAAUCUGGUCGAAGACUAAUUAUACAAUCAAUAUGUUCCUGGACUGCGAAAGACGCAACUUUGUUAUCCAGGGUUACCACCGAGACUUACUCGAGCACUGGUCCUUGUCUCCUCCACCGCCAGUUAUCAUAUCAAACGAAAAAUCGAACAAACCUUAUUCACGGAUUUCAUCAUCAGACAGUACUGUUGUAAGUAUUAACCGAGCCCGAAAAAUACCAGUAAGACGUGGUAAAGAGAGGAGGUCAAGGCGUCAUCGGAAGUCAUUGCCGGCGAGUAAAGAUACCUAAUACGAACUAAAAAUUUUGUUUAUAAUCGAGAUUAUUGUUGUUAUAUCAUUAAUUCUUUCCUUCUCUGUUUCAAGUUUGUCAUCAGUUAAUAGCGGGUUAGGAAGUGUCCAUUUGUGACAGUUUAUAUAGUCAUGUUCAUACAAACAACAUUUUUCUUUUUUUGUCCCAUCAUUGUUUUGUCACAUUUAUUUAAUUUUUUGUAUGUACAUAUAUAAGAUAUAUAUUUAUUAAUUCGAAUUAUUCUACUACA